AUGAUGUCGCAUCCAGUGGAGACACUACCAAUUCGCCUGACCAAAUUUUUCCUCAGCGCAGCUGGCUUCACCAUUGCCACCACUAGGCGUGAAAAAAUAGUUGUUGAUGUCAUUGUGACUUAUUCCACUAUAGCUCUCUCAUUCGCCUGUUGUGUCACCGGUAUGGAUAUUUACAACUGCUGGGGCUCAUUCUACGAAUUUGUAUACUCGUUCAUUGGAUUCGGCACGUGCUUCAUCGUCCAGUCGAAAUUCGCGGUGUUCAUGGUGAAGAGGAAGAAGUACUUGAAACUAAUGAAGUACACUAGUGAGAUUCUGUGGACUAGGCAUCACACUGAGUACGGGAAGGGAAUCAUCAAGGAGUGCGAGAAACAGGCCAUGCAUUUUAUCAUUUUGUUCACUUUUCUGGCCCAGGGAGUCAGCCUGUGCUACACUAUCCAGCCUAUUUUACUUAAUAUCGGGAAGAAUGAGACUGAUAGACUUUUUCCAUUCACGUUUUGGGUGGAUCUGCCAAUAUACAUAUCUCCCUGGUUCGAAAUAGCUUUUGCCAUACAGGUACUGAGCUGCUAUCACACAUCAAUUUGUUACUUCUGCUUCGACAAUUACCUAGCCCUCACCAACAUAUUCAUAACUGGGCAGUUUAAAAUCGUGAAGAACAGACUGGAGACACUCUUUGACGUGCACACCCUCGACCCGAAGGACGGCAAUGGAAUCAAGAGAUGGUGUGUGGCGAGGAGUAGAGGACUGGGGAGAAUUGCUCGUGAAUUGAAAAACUGCGUCAAGCAGCAUCAGAUGCUGAUUGAUCUCGUUGACCAAGUGGAGGACAUAUACUCGUUCAUAAAUCUUCUCCAAGUACUUGUCUUUAGUUUUCUCAUUUGCCUGGUUGGAUAUCAACUCAUACUGCCCGGAAACUCUACAAUGAGACGCAUCCUCUUUGUUGUAUACUUUGGCGGAUGCUUCACGCAACUAUUCACAUUCGCCUUCACAUGCAAUAACUUGACCCUGGCGAGUUUGGAUGUUGGUGAAGGGCCUUGGCAUUCAAAGUGGAAUACUAAAAUUCGUUGUAAGGAAGGUCGAGCCAUCGUUCGAGAUUUGCAGAUGGUCAUCAUGAGGGCCCAGAGUCCGUGCAGAUUGACAGCUUUCGGGUUUUUUCCUGUGACUCUCAAUACAUUCAAAUCAAUGCUGAGCACCGCAUUCUCAUAUCUGACCCUGAUGAGAAACAGUGAAGAGAUGAUUGAAUAAAAAUUUCAAUUUUUUGAGGACAAUGAGA